AUUUUGUCAAUUUGUAAAAGAUUGCCGGUCUUUACAAGAAAGAAAACUCUACCAAACACCCAACCCACAGUUGACUCUAAAAUGCAAGUCUAAAGUUCUGUAUAAUACGAGGAGAGAAGAACAAUUGAAUGGCAUUUAAGAGAAUGUAGAGUUAAAAGGCCUGCUGCAAUUCUUCCUCAUUUAGACCAUUUUGUGAGAGUUCUGAAUCAUGGGUAUGCCUAAUCGAUUCCUGCUCUUCAAUUCAAGCUCAAAGUUGCCCUAUUCCGUUAAAAGUUCAUUAGUUUCAGCCCUUCUUUGCCUACUGUUGAUCCUGGAAACUACUGUAAAGGCUGAAGAGCAUGAUGAAUUGUACGCAAAAUACUGCAAGGAAUUCGUUCCUGCGUCAAAUCCAGUGCAGGAUGAUUUUAUUCCACUUUAUAGUCAACUACAGGCUUUGGGGUUUGGCCAGGCUCGUUACGACGGUGGGGAAUCCUUGUUCAAUAGCACCGCUUACAGUUGGAAUCCCCAAUCGAAAUAUGUUUCUUUUUCUGUGCCCAGUGCGCUGAAAACCGAUCAGGAAGGGGUGUUCAAGAUCUCGGGGCUAUUGAAUUUUCGGAGCAGAAGGUUCUCGAUUCCUCUUGGUGAUAGAGGGUCUCGGAAGCCCUUUGGAAGGACUCGCCUGCCUAAAGUUAGCCCGAGGAUUGGUGGUUUUACCGUCUCUGCAGAUGGUUUCUGGUCGAAUUUGACGCACAGAGUUUGUUUGAUCGGAUCUGGUUACAGGUACUGGUUUAAUCACUCUACCAAUGUUUUUCCUGUUGCUAUUAAGUUUUCUUAUCCUGGAACUAGUACAAUUCUUAAUAGUUUGAUCACUGGGACCGUGGAGAGCAUAGAGAAAGAAAUUAACUUCAAUCCCAUACGGAUAAUUGGGGUUUAUGAUGGGGUUUAUGAGUAUACUAAGCUUGAGGAUGCCAAGAGAGUUUGUUCUGGUAGGACACCUGAUGUUUUGGAUGCCAAUAUAGAUGUUUUGAGGGGGGAACUAUCUGUUGCUAAGGGUGGUGAUAUUUGUGAGUGGUACUGGCUGAAAGAGUUGCUUGAGUUGAAGUGGAAUGGUUCUUGCAGUGGGAGUGAUUGUAGUCCGUUUAAUGUGAAUGAUAAAAAAUCGAUGCCUAAUGAUAUGCUUAUUCAGCAUAUGCAGUGUGGUAAUGAAGGGAAAGUGCAUGGGAUUUUUGGGUUUUCUGCUUCUUGGAAUCCAAUUAGGUAUGUGCUUCCAGAGAAUAUUUUGAUUGGGGAAGGGCAGUGGGAUGAGGAAAGGGGACAGUUGUGUAUGGUGGCCUGCAGGAUUAUGGAUACAGGAAGAAAUCCAACGGAAAAGGAUUGUGGCAUCAGCAUUUCAAUGCAGUUUCCUGUGACUUUCACUGUCGUAAGUAGUUAUAUGGUUAUGGGUCAUGUGCAAAGUGAUAAGAAGGUGGAUGACCCCAUGUAUUUUAAAGAUUUCACUUUUAGAGGACCUUCUGCAAUGAAUGGAAAUUUGAGAGGUUACAGAAGCUUGCCCGGAUUGAAAUACGAGUACACAAAACUUGAUCUGGUGAAAGAGAAGUGCAGUAAAUUUUUCACGGACAGGAAGAAAUCUCUACAAAAGAAAUCAGGACGAAAGUAUCCAGAUGGAAACAUCUUUAGUGAUCUAGGUUUUGAUGCUUCCAUCCAGGACUCUGACAAGCAGAAAAGGUAUGGCUCAGUAUAUCCCUUUACUAUUGGAAAUAAUUUGGUUGAUGGUGGACUGCCAAAUGUUAGCUACAAACAGUUGAAUGUUAGCUACAGACAGUUGAAUGUCAGUUUCAAUUUACAAUUUUGGCAACCCAUUCGAUACACCCCAAAUGGAGUUUCUGCCAAGCCUUCAGCUCAAGAAAUGUACUCUAUAUCAGCUGAGGGCAUCUAUGAACCUCAAACAGGAGCACUCUGUAUGAUUGGAUGUCGCCAUGUCAGUUCCCUGGUAAAUGGCUCUGAUGGAGAUAUGGAUUGUGAAAUUCUUAUAGAUGUGGAAUAUGCUCCCACAAAUCCAGAGUAUUCUUCCAAAGAACAUCUUAGGGGCAAUAUCAGAAGUCUCAGGAAGGAGAAUGAUACUCUUUAUUUUAAGCCAAUGAAAUUGUCCUCAAACAACGUGUACAGAAGACAGGCAAGUGGAGCCAUCUGGAGAAAGGAUUUGGAAAUCAUCAUGGGCCUUAUUUCACUCUCAUUUACAGCUCUUUUUAUCAUAGCCCAACUCUUAUACAUAAGGAAGCAUUCCAAUUCAUUGCCGUUUGUUUCUUUGUUGAUGCUCACUGUGCUCACCUUGGGACAUAUGAUCCCUUUGGUGCUCAACUUUGAAGCACUUUUCAUGAACCAGAAAGACAGGAAUGUCAUACAGUUAAGUGGAGGGUGGGUAGAAGUGAAUGAAGUGGUUGUUAGAGUAAUGACAAUGGCUGCAUUUUUGUUGCAACUUCGUCUUCUUCAGCUAGCCUGGACUGCUAGACAUAACGCAGCAGGUGAAAAGAGUGCAUGGUUCUGGGAGAAAAAGGUUUUAUAUUUUUGUCUGCCUUUGUAUGCACUGGGAGCUCUAAUAGCUUCUCUUGUGCAUUGGAUGGGGCAAUCAAACUCUUCGAGUGUGCACUUCUUACAAAGACAUGCCCAUCAUUCUCUCUGGGAAGACUUUAGAUCGUAUGCAGGCCUCAUCCUUGAUGGCUUCUUGCUACCACAAAUCUUGGGAAACCUUUUUUGGGAUAUAAGGGAGACAGUAUUGGUGCCCUACUUUUACAUUGGAAUAACAGUGGUACGGUCCAUGCCACAUGUGUAUGAUGCAUACCGUGUUAUUCGGUAUAUACCAGAGUACAGCAGUUCUUAUUUUUAUGCCAAUCCAGUUUGGGACUUUUACUCAACUGCCUGGGAUAUUGUGAUUCCAUGUGGAGCACUUCUCCUUGCGCUUCUUGUUUUUCUGCAGCAAAGGUUUGGAGGUAGAUGCAUAAUUCCACAGAGAUUCAGAGACCAUCUUGAGUACCAGAAAAUUCCUAUUGUUGAAGGGCAAUGAUGGGUGGAAUACUGUGCACCUGAUCAAGAUUACACACCGACCUUUUGAAUUUUACCGUAUAGCAUACAAUAGGACCGAAUAUAAGGGAUUUUUAGUUAUUAAUGUGUGUUUUUACCAGAGCUUUGUGAUCUUGUAGGCACUUGUAUGUUACUAUGUUUUAGUUUCCCGCUUAAUCCUAGGCCAUAGGCGAUCAACAGUUACCCACUAAUCCAUAGGCAACCAACAUCUCUGUUGAUGAAAUAGGAUGUGAACACUGUUCAACUGAAAUAUAUGCAUUGAUGGUGCAAAAAUUGUUUUGUGAGACCAUGCCUUUGACUCAAGGUCGCUGCACCAGCAUUUUUUGUUUUACAUUAUCAACGUUUUCCAUAUGUAAUCAAUGAAGCAUGUUUUCGCUUUCCUUUAAAUGCCAUAUCUCUGCUACUUAAGUGAGCUUUUA